UGUUGGCGGGCAGAACGGGAUCGGUGUUGGUUGUUAGCGACGCUCUUGCUAUUGUGUAAUCCCACAGCAAAACACAUUCAAGGAAAGUCGACCGAAAACACGCCACUUGGCUCCCGGGUAUUUUUAUUGCGCAACUAGAGGGUCUCCGGUAUUUUAUCGCCUUCAAGAGACGCACCAAUUACAGUAUUUUCCUCGGGCCUACUUGAAGCAUUCAGUGAAGUAGUGGCCUCAGCAGACAUCAACAUGGCGACAGUAGCAGGAAAGAAAGCCAAGAAGGCUGAGGAAGAGGAGCAGCCAGCAGCUGCAGCGACGACAGCCACAGCCGAGGGGCCGGCAGCAGCAGCGGCAACAGGAGGACCAGCAGCAGCAGCAGCAGCAGAAGAGGAGGAGGAGGAGGAGUAUGUGGUGGAGAAGGUUUUGGACCGACGAGUAGUGAAGGGCAAAGCGGAGUUUCUGCUUAAAUGGAAGGGCUUCUCAGAUGAGGACAACACAUGGGAACCAGAGGACAACCUUGACUGCCCUGACCUUAUAGCUGAGUACAUGCAGAAACAUAAAGAGAAGGAGGAGAAGAAGAAGGAGGGCAAGAGAAAAGCAGCCAGUGAGGCCAGUGGUGACUCUGAGGAGAGGGGGAGCAAGAGGAAGAAGGAGGAGGGUGAAAAGGCCAGAGGUUUCGGCCGAGGUCUGCAACCGGAGAGAAUCAUUGGAGCCACAGAUUCCAGUGGAGAACUGAUGUUUCUCAUGAAAUGGAAGAACUCAGACGAGGCAGACCUUGUCCCGGCGAAAGAGGCCAACAUCAAAUGUCCCCAGGUGGUGAUCUCUUUCUAUGAGGAGCGCCUCACCUGGCACUCAUACCCCACAGAGGAGGAGGAGAAGAAGGAGGAGGAGAAAAAAGACUAAAGGACAUGCGGGGGGGGGGGGAGGAGGAGGAGGGGGCAGGAAACCAACUACACACCGCUGAACUGUUCAAGAGAGUUGACUGGCAGUAAAAAGUAGAGAAACCCUCUGUGUCGUGGAAAUCAAGCUGCCAAUUUAUCUGACAGAUGAAACAGUUUUCCUGCUCCCGAUGCAGAGAUGUGGGACUUUCCUCAAAAGAUGCUCCCGCCUGUAUCUUAACUAAACCAUGUUUUCAAAGAGGCAUGUCAACAGAGUUAGAUUGGCCCCAACCAAGAACAUGUCACCUUUUUGUCAUUUUGGAAUUGGUGCCUUUGUUCUGCUUCUCCCCACAAAUUCUUGACAGUGAAAUGAUCAUUUACGCUUCCUGCAUUCAAUGCCUGAUGGAGGAAAUACAGGAACAUAACACACGCUGUUGAGGUAUCUGUUUAACGUAAAAGUCUGAGCUGUUUACGUGAGAGGCAGGCGUAAUGUUAGGCUCAGUGUUUUCUCCUUCCUUUAGCUGUCCUCACACUCUAAGGUCAGGCACUAACCAGGGCACAAUGUUCAUUCCUUCUUUUGUCUGGAUACACUGGAGGGACCUUCUUUUGGAGUUUGGGGUAUUGAGGAGUGUAAGAAUGGACACAAACAUUCAUCUCUUUCAGUAUCUAUUCUCUCUGUGCCACCCGAGUUCUCAUUGCAGGUGUUUUAGUUCUGUGUCCAUGAAGAGUCUGAUGAGGCGCAGAGACAGUCGCCAUGGAAACAUCACACACCUUUACAGGUAAACCAGCCAAGGCGGCAGCAAAGACAAAACCAGUGUUCAGAUCAGGGCUACACGGGCAAAUGAGUUUAAUCAGCCCUCAUGGUAUGAAUUAAGUCUUCAUUUCUCUUCUUUGAGACUCAUGAUUGAAUGGAUAAUCGUAGAACACGAGGAAUAUUUGCCAAAUAGUGGAUCAUUUCUCUAGGUUGUAGAAGCCGUAUUGGCUAAUUCAGUUGUAAGACUGGCCUGUAGGCGCAUGCAACGAAUAAAAGAGCUCAGUUUUUCCUGAAUUGAAAGCACUGGAAUGUUUAAAACUCUGAUAAGAAAUGUAAUGAGUUUAACUUGUGUGAUCUUGGGUAAAGAAAACCUUUAAUUACCCUACAUAGACCAUCCAAGUUCACUGUAACAGCUCUGAUAUCAGCUGAUAAAUGUUAGCGUUGCAGUGGUUUUCAUCAAGAAAAACUGUAGCUCAGGUUUUCUUUUUUUACAUCCAUAUACAGGUUGAUUUAUUUGUUAGUGUUUGCAGAAACUUGAUGUGCCUUUUGUAAAACAUUUUUACUUGCCACGCUCUCUAACUAUGUAAAAGUAUAGAUGGAAUUUCUAAACCCCCCCACCCCCUCCCAGAAGACUUUUUAUUUUCCCUUAAGGCUAAUUGAAAUACUUUAUACUUUCAGCUCAAUUUCAUACAAGUGGUAAAACAAUAACAGCUGUAGAAUAGUCUGCUAUUCUAUUUUAAUUUAGAGUCCAAACACUGCUGCACAUGUGCAACACUCAACUAACAUGGCUCCGCAAAGACAAUGUAGUUUUGUUUUUUUUUUUCUGUCAGAUUCUAGGUUUAUCAGUGUAGCGUUUUACUUCCCCAGCCCGUUGUUAUCGCUGAGCCCUGCAGCGUUCGCAUCUGUGUUUACAGGCCCGUCUGGACUGAUCCAGAAUCACAGGAAAGCUGAAGGGAAGUAGCGCUCAAUGGAUUAUUGAUUAGUACAUGUCUGUAAACGUAACCAUGUUCAGGUAGAUGAGCGCUGACUACAGGCAACAUGACUGUUUCCUGUCAGUCCAACUUCAGUUUUAGUUUUAGUUUAAUUAAAACAUUGUAUUGACCUACUUCAUGCCCAACUUCUGAAGCUUCAGUGGAAAACUUGCAUCUGUUUGUGAAUGUUCGGAGUACACUUCCUCAUACAUGUUCUGUAUAUAGGUUAGUUUCCGUUGUGUUUGAAAUGGUAGAGGAUUUUGUCUUGAACAUGCAGCUGAAUACCAUGAAAGUUUUAGAACAUAAGCCACUUUCACAAAGGCAGAAGUUGACCGAUAAUCAUUUUCUAAAUUUAAUAAACCUGCGCAAAUGAAUCUUAUCAGUGAAUCUGGAACUGAAUAUCCAUUUGUCCGCACAAAUGUAGGUCCAAAUUUAAAAAAAACAAAUGUAAAAUUCAAAGUAAAAAAUGUUAGGGUUCCUCAAAGCCUACAAGUCUGAGCUAAGUUUCGUAGUAUAAAGCCAAUUCAUCAGUUAUUAAAAAGCAGAAGUUGACCACAGACAAUUCCAAGUGUUUCCCACUGAGAGCUUAAUCAGUUGGAAUGGACCAACCACAUUUUCCUAGUAUUAAAGUGUGGCUUCUGUUCCACAAUUGACUAUGACAUAGGUACAUUAUAUAUAUAUAAAGUAACUAAAAAGGAAACUGGACUGAGUUGAUGUCUUUAUAAAAGAAGACAUCAAAUCCGCUGAGGAAAUCUGACGGUUAGUUGGUUGAUUAGUUGGUCAGUCUUUAAAGGAAUCUAUAAUUCACUGUAUCUGAAGUGGUGGAAUUUUGUAUUUUAAUUUCCACUGAUCUGUUUAAGUGAAGGGGGGGGGGGGGCUUGAGUUUAUUUUACCGCUCCUGCUGCUUUGGUUGGUUGAAGGUGUGUAGAUGCAGUCCAUGAAAUGUUUUUCCGCUCAAAGAGAUGAUGGACACCUACUUCAAACAUUGUUAAUUUUCACUCCUGUUUUAACCUCCACAUAGUCGUACAGUUGUGUGUUUUCUACGCUGUAUUGUUUUUAGCUUUGCACUGCCCGGGCAACACUCAAGACAUGAGGAUUCAGUUCACAUUGGAGUGUUUUAAUGACCCCGACACCCACCCCCACACUUACAGAUUGUUCCUGUUUUUACUCUUUGCCAUCAUGCAUAGUAGACACUUCACUUGACUCCACCCUGUCGUCCUCGGUUAAAGGUGUUUGGUGUUUUUAGUGGCUGAGUGCUGUGUUCAGCAUGGUCGGUGUUGAAUGUAGCCCGGCUGUGCUUCUUUCUGUGUAUCAGUCAGAGUAGUAGCUUUUGUUUCUGGCCCUGGGUCAGCUGGUUCACUCUGCUUUGAAGAGUCUUGGUGCUUGACUGUGAAGAAACAUCGAGCUGAUGGAAAAAAUAUUUCUUCAUCAUAAAGCUUGUUCUGCUUUACCUUAUUGACCAUGUUUUGUAGCACCUCUGAUUAUUUGCCAGCUGUAAAAAAUUUUAGAGCACCUUCAUUCAUUUGCGACAUGUAUUUGAUGAUAUUAUACAUAAGGUACCUAUAUCAUCCAACAUCCAAUCAGUCUGUGUUUGAGCCGUCACAUAAUUUCUGGCCAAAUUCUUAUGGAAAGAUGCCCCAGUGUGUAGGAAUACUUCUUCUUUUACUCUUGUUGGAGUGUAAAGCUAGCUCUGCUGAUGUUGUAAACUAGAAUGUAUAUGCAGUGUCUGAGCCUGAAGUAUUUCAGCUUCUUUUGGGGUCUUCUUUUUCAUUUCCCAGCGUAGAACGUCCCACAGUCUGUCUUGUGUCUACUUUGUAAAGGGGUUGAAUGAGCUGCACCCAGGUCUGUUAGCUUUUCUAGCUUGUCUGAACUUUUUCUCUAUAUUUAGCGGAUUAGCCUGUGUUGUCCUGUUGCAUGUGUAUUGGUUAUCCUUGCAAUGUCACUGUUAUGGCUAAUCAACUUGUUAUUGUCUGAACAAUAAAGUUUUUUGUUUUGUUUUCAUAAA